GGGUUAGUUCGUUUUCGGCGUCUCACGUGAUCCUGGCAAACGCACACCGUCGCCCUGUUUAUCGUUACAGAGAAUCAACGGUAGACUGCGCAUGAAGCUAUAGAGGGUCGAGUUAAGGGAACUUUCGGCAGAACAUCUGCGUUUGAACAGAAACAAGGGAUCAAAGAAACGAGAGAAAGAAAGGAGCACCGACUGUGGAGGGCGUCGAACAGCCGAGACACCGGCCACGCCGCGCACUCCCCUGUUACAAAUCGAGCACACACGCGUUCAGGAAGUCAGGAGGUUUUGUUGUAUUGUUGCUACGGAACUCGUGCCGUGGGCUUUAAACUUUAGUAAACAUUCUCCGUCGGCUUCGAAACACAUUGUUACUUUCAAAAGCGGUUAUAUUCGUCUCCGAGCCAACUGCACACCGAGAUGCCACCUAAAAAGCGCAACUCUGGGACUACACAGGGCAAAGGGGUGAAGCCCAGUGCUGAAAGUGCCUCUCCAGACAAGAAGGAGAGUCCAGACUUGUCUGUGAAAAAACACCGAGACAAGGAUGCAGAGUUUGUGACCCUGUGCAGGAGCCUCCACGUCACAGACCUGGUGUGCGACCGGGCCUGGACCCUGUGGAAAACCGUGCAAGAGUCCAUGGAGGAAGUCACUGACAGUCAGAAAAGGCUGUGGGGGGCUUGUCUGUUUGUGACUGUGACAGACAUGGAUGCCGCCUGUUUCACCUUAAGUCAAGUUCUGAAAGCAAUCUGUCUGAAUGUAAAGCAGUUCAUGGCUCUGGUAAGGAAGCUGGACGUAAACUUGGACACGAUCACCACCAAGGUGAACUCGGCAAUGACACGACUGGAGAAGAAGUAUGAUGUGACGUUGGCUCUCUACCAGAGGUUUGAGAAGACCUGCAAGAAGAUCUUUGCUUUGGUUCCCGAUGGCACGGAGAGGGAGACCAUGCGGAGCUGCUGGACAAUGUUUCUCUUGGCCAAAGGAAGGGUCUUGCAGAUGGAGGAUGACCUGGUCAUAUCGUUCCAGCUGCUACUUUGUAUGCUGGAGUUAUUCAUCAAGCGCUGCCCUCCAGACCUUCUGCAGCCUCCUUACAAAUCAGCCAUUAGUAAAGUCCAGAGCCCGCCGACGAGAACAUCUCGCCGCAACCAGAGCAAAACCAAAACUCGGCCUCCUGAGCCAGAGGUGGACGUGCAGCUUCUUGAAACCUUGUGCAAAGAGAAUGAAUGCAAUGCAGAAGAGGUGAAGAAUGUGUACCAGACCAGUUUCUCGGCUUUCCUGGACUCACUGGAUCUUUCAAGAUCCCCAGAUUUUCCUCAGGUGACUGACCUCGACCAACAAUAUGAAGAACACUACCUCAAGAGUAGAGACAUCGAUGGACGGCUGUUUUUUGACGGAGAUGAGACUGUUCUUGCACCUAAAGUCGAAGUAUCACAGGUGGAGAGAACGCCAAAGAAGAACCUGUCCGAUGAUGAAGCUGUACUCGUCCCUCCACAGACUCCAAUCAGAGCUGCCAUGACGUCCAUUCAGCAGUUGAAGGGUGAUCUCAUCUCUACUGGCGAUAAGCCAUCUUCUAACCUGGAUACAUAUUUCAAAAAUUGCACAGUGGACCCGACGCAGGACGUGUUGAAGCGUUUGGAGACACUCGAAAAGGCAUUCAGCCAAAGAUUUGGUCAGGCAGUCGGCCCGCGCUGUGUAGUUCUUGGAGAGCAGAGAUUUUCCCUCGGAGUCAGACAGUAUUAUAAAGUCAUGGAGGCCAUGUUGAAAUCGGAAGAGAAGCGACUGUCUGUGCAAAAUUUCAGUAAACUCCUCAAUGACUCCACAUUCCACACAUCACUUUUGGCCUGUGCUUUGGAGGUGGUGAUGGCAGCAUAUGGAGAAAGCAGUUUUAAGACUGGAGGAUACAACCACGGAGGUGGUGACCAAGCUGAGACAGAUGUUUGUUUCCCCUGGAUACUGGAUGUGUUCAACCUUGCCGCCUUUGACUUCUACAAAGUCAUCGAGAGCUUCAUCAAGGCCGACCCCACACUGAGCAAAGAUAUUGUGAAGCAUCUGGAGACAUGUGAGAACCUCAUCAUGGAGAGGAUUGCAUGGAGGACGGGCUCCCCUCUAUUUGAGCUGUUGAGACAAGAGCAUGAGGGCGGAGCGGCAGAGCAGGUGGAGACCCCGGCCAGUUUCAGCCAACCCCUGCAGCACAACCACACCGCAGCUGACCUAUAUCUGUCCCCCAUGCGUCCUGGCCAUCGUGUCUUGCCUCCUGAUUCUCCAGGCACUGCCGGCUCUCAGGCUGUCUCCCAGGCUCCCAACCAACCGGCCACUCCACGACACCCCAAGUCCAACUCUCUAAGCCUCUUUUAUAAAAAGUUGUACCGCCUGGCCUAUACGAGGCUGAAGCUACUCUGCUCCUACCUGCUCUCCUCCCACCCUGAACUGGAGCCAAUCAUAUGGACACUUUUUCAGCACACACUGCAGCACGAGUACGAGCUGAUGAGAGAUCGUCACCUCGACCAGUUGAUGAUGUCAGCCAUGUAUGCCAUAUGUAAAGUGAAGAGUGUUGAUCUGCGCUUCAAGACCAUUGUCACGGCGUACAAGAACAUGCCUAACACCAACCAGGAGACCUUUAAGCAUGUGUUGAUCACGGAGGGCCACUACGACUCCAUCAUUGUUUUCUACAACCAAGUGUUCAUGCAGAAGCUGAAAACCAACAUCCUGCAGUAUGCGUCCACCAGGCCGCCUACACUCUCUCCAAUUCCACAAAUACCACGCAGCCCCUACAAGUUCCCGAAUUCACCACUGCGUGUGCCUGGCAGCAACAACGUGUAUAUCUCCCCUCUGAAGAGCCCACGAAUGUCCCCGGGUAUCAUGACUCCUCGCUCCAGAAUGCUGGUAUCGAUCGGGGAAUCUUUCGGGCUGUCCAGUCGCUUCCAGAAGAUCAAUCAAAUGGUCAACAGCAGCGAUCGCUCCUUUAAGAGGACCCUGGACCUCGGCUCCGCUCCAAAGCCUCUGAAGAGGUUACGGUUCGACGUAGACGGACAAGAUGAAGCCGAUGGCAGCAAAUCUGGUGGAGAUUCGACACUGAUACAGAAGCUUGCAGAGAUGAGCUCCACUCGGAGUCGUAUGCAGGAGCAGAAGCUGAAGGAGGACGCAGAAGCGAGGAAGGAGUAACUCUAAAACCUACUGAACUGACCUGCACUGUUUGUCACAGCGUGAACAAUUUGGUUCACACACAAAGUGAAACAUUAGUUUCUCUGAACAUUUAGCAAAGGAAUUUAGUUUUAGUAUUUAACUUUGUGUUUGAGGAGUAACGUGUGAAUAUAGAGGACUGUUUCUCUGCCUCUAAUGCUGUUGAUGCUGAGUGUUAACUGGGUGUUUUAACUGAAUAAUGAUUGACAUCAUUGAAUUUCAUUUGAAUUUGACUUGUUGGAGAUUAAGUAUGUUUGGUUUUAAGAGUGAUAUAUAUUUCGGGAUGUUAUAAGAAAUCCCUGUUUUCACAGUGACAUGUUUCGCAGUUGUCAGGAGCAUUGCGAGAACACACUGCUGGCUUUUCCUACCACCAAUCGGACCUUUGAGUCAUUCAAUAGUUUUACAUCUCAAAUGUUUUAAUCAUGCGGCAACAUUUCAACUGUUAAACCAUGAUUACUCUCCUCGGAUAUGAGUAAACGUCAGCGUCGGAGGGAAAUCGUAAUGUCUUCAAAUGCAGCAGAUUUAUUUUUUGAGUGAUCUUUUACUUUUGGCAAAGUUUUGAUGCAAAACUUUAAAACAAUCGAAUAUAACUUAAAAGAAAAUCAUACAUAAUUUGCACUCAACCAAUAUUCAUUAUUUAGAAAUUUCAAGGGUUACAGAUGUUCCUCUUUUGUGUAACAUUUAGCUUUUGCUUUGCUUAUGGGUGGAUAGAAGUACAUAAUUCAGCAAAUGCAAACAACUCCUAAUAUGUUAAAUCUAAAGGAUUUAAAAAAAAGAAUUUGCAGUCACAUUUAUCUCCACGUGUUGGUUUAUUUAAAUUUUUGGAAAUGAAAGUAGGAGGAUUUUGCAAAAGGGGGGGAAUUACAGCGAUUAAUACACAUCACAUAUAGCAAAUAAAUGUGGACUUUGUGUAUCAUGGUAAAAUAAUCCUAGAAAUGUCUGCUAGCAGAGUCUUUGUAAAUUAAAUGUGUUUAUAUUGUACUUUAUUGAAGUAGUUCCCUUACAUAGUAAAUAUUUCUUUAGAAAAUAUAAUUUUGUUUUUGUUUCUGUGCAAAGAGACCCAUUACGUGCAAGUAUUUUCUUUUCUGCUGAUCAGUUGCCAUGACGCCUGUGGUCAUUUCCUGCGGACAGCGAUAGCCAAUGAAAGCCUGUUGUGAGUGAUUGAAAUGUAACAAAUUGAAGAGCAUUUAGCUGUUUUCUGUUUGGUUUUUUUUUAUCUUGGUUUGUGUUUUCUUUUGAUACACUGACAGUGUGUUUUGAUUCCUGUCAGAAAUUGUUUUAUUCCGCUCCAGCUUCCCACAAUAUUUUUUCCUACUGUGUUGGUUAACCUUUGGAUGAAAUGCCAGUUGAGUGUUUGUAAUGAAAAAGAAGACGUGACAAAACAGUGAA